AUGAGACUUGGCUCGGCCUCUCAUUCCUACACGACCUUGACGUCUUCGAACAUACCGCAAGGGCAGUCGCCUCCGAAUUCCAACAGCCGUGGCGAUUAUGUCACAACCCGUUACACGACCCAACAUCCAACAUACACACUACCCUUAGGCUUUACCAAUACGGAAGACUUUGGUCCUAGCGGUGUCGUUCUGGUCGGGCCGACCACGUGGGCGACCCAAGAUGUGCUGCCAGUAGUAGAAGUUGCCAAUGACCUGACCACGACAUCCUCAACUCCACAACCGUGGGAUGCCAAUGGCUUUCUUGACAAAAACGAAACUGUCGUGGCAUCGUUUAUCAGCUACGGAAGACAACCGGCCUGUACCUCGGAUUUCUUCUCUUACGCGGCCGAAUCCGUCGACUACUGUGACUCCCAGAUGGGCUACGUUUUUUACCUUGACCAAUGGCCAGACUACAGUGGCUGCAAAACUUCGGCUGGUUUCGAUAGUACGAGUACCAAUGCGGGGACUGCUGCUCGUAACCAGUCCGUUUAUGCAACCGACUCAGACGGAUACAUAUACACAUCGCCUUCGAUAUACGUCAAGUUCCCUACAGUGUCCGCGUCCGAUGCCUGUGGACUGAUCGGAUCAGCAGCUACUUCCAUAACCCUUGCCUUCUCGGCACGGGAGCUAUCUACAUUCGUAUUGAAUGAUGGGACAGGAACCAAUUACCAAACCUUUACAUCGGCACUUGACACUGCCGAACUACCAUGUGGCCCGUGGAAUGGGACCGAUCACUUUCUACCCGAAGCAUGGUCCAACUAUUCCUCCUACCAGCCUCUGAUAGUAUUGCCUUCUAAACUGAUUGCUAUGGUGCCGGCAUGGAAAUCCUGCACAGCUGACAUGUUCGAAGGCCAGGACCCUCCCCGUACCCUAAGCCCUGCAGCAGCUAUGGCACCAGCGCCAACAAAUGUAGCCUAG